AUGGAGCUCGAGGCCAUGAGUAGAUAUACCAGCCCAGUGAAACUGGCUCUCUUCCCCCACCUGACCACAGUGCUAUUGGCUGCUAGCAUAUUCUUUACCCUCUGGUUCUUCAUUUGCAAGGUUACCUCUCCCAAGUGCACUCUGGAUAUCUACAAAGAGUCCCUCAUCUCUUUGGUGGCCUCGCUCCUCAUGGGAUUUGGAGUCCCCUUCCUGCUGCUCUGGGUCAGCAUGUACAUCUGAACUCUCAAAGGUUCCAAUCAGGUCGCUUCAUGGAACCCCUGCUUU